GCAUAGGUUGGGCAACCCUGUUUUCCAGUUGCUUGGAUUGGUCACUGCCCUGUUCAAAAAACUGCGCUUUAUUGCGGAAAGUAUAAAUUAUUGCAUAUAAUGGCUUACCUGGAGAAAAUAGCAGAGUUUAAGAACUGGGCCACCAGCCUGGGAUGCCCGCCCUCUGCGUUGCCCACUGAUGAUGCGCUGCGAAGGAUUUUAAAAUCCGGCUCCAGUGUGCUCCUGAGGCAGCUGCAGUCCCGCGUCCAGCCGGUGGAAUAUGUACGGGAGGUCCGCGAAAACCUUCUGAUUGCCCAAGUGGCCCGCUACAAGGACAAAAUGGUGCCACUGGCUUCCCGGAGCUUCCAGCCACCGGAGCUGCAGAGGUACCAAAAGAUCCAGGAGCUAAAGAAGCACGAGGAGAAGGCGGAUCAACAGCUGGCCGAGGCCAGAAAGGAGUUCCAGAAACUAUCCGCCAGCAUCAAGACCAAGAAUAUUCAAACUAUCAGUGCGGAGAACCGCAAGCAACUGCUCGAAGCGAAGUGCAAUAUCCUAGAGCUAAAGCUGGAGUCCCUGAACAAGAACUACGACCAGGAGCAGAAGAACAAGGCCCAGAUCAUCUCCACCACGCCCGUAAAGCAGAGUGCCCGGAAUUCCAGCGAGGUGCAGGCCAGCCGGGCCGUGGAGCAGGCUCUCAAGCAGCUUGAGACAUUCUACGGGAUGUGCGAUGAGGGGAAUGCGGUCCACAGCCUGUCAGAGGACAAGCAGCGGCUGUGGGACGACAUGCGGACCACCUUUGCCGACACACCCAACGCCCUGCUUCUUAACGUCAUCAUAAAGAGCAAGGAGGAACAGCUGCAGCACAUAAUGCAUUUGAAUGAAUCUAGGGACAACUGCAACACGGCCAAGUCACCACUGAACAACUACGAGGUAAAGUUGCUGAAGACGAAGGCCGAUAUGCUGGGCCUGGCGUCCAAAUUCCUUGGGGCACAAAAGGAGCUGGAACAGAAGGAGGAACGCUUCUGCCGGGAGUACAGUCUCUUUGUGGACAAGCUGCAGACGAAAGUUUACAGCUUUAAUGGCAUCAGCUUGGGGGACGAAGAAAACGCCGAUGAACUAAUCAGCGACUAUCUGAUGCACUACAACUUGCGCAAUUUCAAUCGCGCUCAGAACGAAUUCCUGCGCGAGCAGAUCGAGCAACUGCGGGUGGAGCUGGAGACGAGCGCAAAGCAGCUGGAAAACCACGACCUAAAACUGGGCUCUGUAAGGCAGGUGUAUAGCGACGUCAACGCCAGCAUCAACCGCAUCCAGCAGGACAUGGUGCAGCUGUCCCAGAUCAAGGAGAAGAUCCUCUUCUCACGCAAUAUGAUGAAGAAUCUGCUGGACGACAUGCAGGCCGCCGCACAGAAGCAGAACGCCAAGUCGCAGCUGUUGAGCACCAAGUUCAGCAAUAUGUCCAUGCUGGGUGUGGAGAGCUUCUGCCUGGCCAACGACAGUGUUUUUUCCAGCACCAAGGUGGACUUCGAUGGCAAUUGCAGCACCAUGAACUCCUCACUGCGUCGCAGCUUCGAGAGCAAAACACUGAUGCCUGGGAGCGCAAACACCACCACUCUGGUUGCAGCAUCCGGAAGCACUGUACCCUCGCACUUGCUGGAAGUCAAUACCUUUGUGGAAAUACCGCUGGAGAAGUUGAGCUGCGUGCCACGCGCCUGCUCCUUCCUUCUGUCGGCCAAUCCGCUCAUCGUCGAGGCCCAAGAGCUGGCCUCCACUGCCCAACUGGCGCCGGGCUAUUUGCUAACCCCCUUCGGCGCUCUGCAGGAAGUCCGCAAACGCAUUUUGUGGGCGUCGGCAAUUGCCGCACACUCCUCUGACUUGAAAUUGAAUGUGCAGCCGUUAAUUGUUGAUCCGCACGAUUUGAGGCUGAAGGCGAGUCGUCAGCACGAGGAAAUUGACCAUUUGCUGGACAACCUGAUGGCCAUCGGGGUGAAAACUGAAUUGCAACUGAAAAAGGCCGAGCGCAUCUUCCACUUCCUGCUCGAGAAUCCGUUGCGUCGCUAUGUUCCCCCUGGUAAGCGAUACAAUAAUGGAAGCUUCGGGGACUACGAGUCCGAGUUCAAUCUUUACUAUCGCAUGGCAACCAAUGGGGCUUCGAUCAGGGAGCCCCCUAAUUACACCGGGCGAAAGCAUUCCGAGAGUCGCGAUUAGUCUUAUUCUUAUAUUUUAGUUACUUUAUCGUUCUCAUUUACACAUUUUUAAAACUAAAUGAAUUUAUUGUUAAAAACUCA